ACGCUCCGCUUCUCAGCUUUCCCUCCCCGCCUCCGGCCCAGCCUCCGCCCCUGAGACCGGGAACCUAGGGGACCCCGAGGGCGGGGCUCCUGCGGCGCAUACCCAGCCCGGCCUCCAGUUUUGCUCCCCUCCCGCCCGGCCAGCUCAGUGUCCCCAGCCCCCCUUCCACGUGGACUGGCCAGGGUGGAGGUGGGGGACAGGAAGGGAGGGAGUCAGCCCCGGGAAGCAGGGGCUGCCGCCUCGGUCUCUGCUCCGCUGCGUCCCCGCCAGCACCAUGCUCCGCACGGGCUUCCCCGGCCGGUGGCCCCUGCUGCAGGCCCUGCUGGCUCUGCAGGCCUUGGGGAAGGCGCUGGGCCGCGCCAGCCUGGCCGGGGGCCCCCUGGAAGACGUGGUGAUCGAGCGGUACCACAUCCCCAGGGCCUGUCCCCGCGAGGUGCAGAUGGGGGACUUUGUGCGCUACCACUACAAUGGCACUUUCGAGGAUGGCAAGAAGUUUGACUCCAGCUACGACCGCAGCAGCCUGGUGGCCAUCGUGGUGGGCGUGGGGCGGCUGAUCACCGGCAUGGACCGUGGGCUCAUGGGCAUGUGCGUGAACGAGCGGCGGCGCCUUGUGGUGCCCCCGCACCUGGCCUACGGCAGCAUCGGCGUGGCGGGGCUCAUCCCCCCCGACGCCACCCUGUACUUCGACGUGGUGCUGCUGGAUGUGUGGAACCAGGCGGACACAGUGCAGGUGAGCGUCCUGCUGCGGCCGCCGCUCUGCCCGCGCAUGGUGCAGGACGGAGACUUCGUGCGCUACCACUACAAUGGCACCCUGCUGAACGGUGCGCCUUUCGACAGCAGCUACAGUCGGGGCGGCACCUAUGACACCUACGUGGGCUCCGGCUGGCUGAUCAAGGGCAUGGACCAGGGCCUGCAGGGCAUGUGUCCGGGGGAGAAGAGGAGGGUCACCGUCCCCCCGUUCCUGGCCUAUGGCGAGAAGGGCUACGGGACUGUGAUCCCCCCACAGGCUUCCCUGGUCUUCCACGUCCUACUGGUGGAUGUCCACAACCCCAAGGAUACGGCCCAAGUGGACACGCUGGCGGUCCCGGCCGACUGUGUUCGCAAGGCAGCCCCCGGGGACUUCAUGCGGUACCACUACAACGGCUCUCUGAUGGAUGGCACACCCUUCGACUCCAGCUACUCUCGCAACCACACCUACGACACCUAUAUCGGGCAGGGCUACAUCAUCCCCGGCAUGGACCAGGGCCUGCAGGGCGCGUGCAUGGGCGAGCACCGCAGGAUCACCGUGCCCCCCCACCUGGCCUACGGGGAGAACGGCACUGGAAACAAGAUCCCGGGCUCUGCCGUGCUUGUGUUUCAUGUGCUUGUCAUUGACUUUCACAACCCCGCGGACCCCGUGGGGAUCGAGACCCUGUCCCGGCCUGCAGAGCCCUGCAAUGAGACCUCCAAGCUUGGGGACUUCAUCCACUACCACUACAACUGCUCGCUGAUGGACGGCACCAGGCUAUUCUCCUCCCACGACUACGGAGCUCCCCAGGAGACCACACUGGGUGCCAACAAGGUGAUCGAGGGGCUGGACAGGGGACUGCAGGGCAUGUGUGUGGGUGAGCGGCGGCGGCUGGUGGUGCCCCCGCACCUGGCACACGGGGAGAGCGGAGCCCGCGGGGUGCCUGGCAGUGCGGUGCUGCUGUUCGAGGUGGAGCUGGUGUCCCGGGAGGACGGGCUGCCCGACGGCUACCUGUUUGUGUGGCAUGAGGACCCUCCCUCCAGUCUGUUCGAAGACAUGGAUCUCAACAAGGAUGGAGAGGUCCCCCUGGAGGAGUUCUCCGUCUUCAUCAAGGCUCAGGUGCAGGACGGCAGGGGCCGUCUGCUGCCUGGGCAGGACCCUGAAAAAACCAUCGGGGACAUGUUCCGGAACCAGGAUCGCGACCAGGACGGCAAGAUCACGGCCGCGGAGCUCAAGCUGAAGUCGGAAGAGGACCAGGAGCGCGUCCACGAGGAGCUCUGAGGCCCAGGCCCGUGGAGACAGCGGCAGCGGGACUCUACUGCCGCAGCAGCACCCCUCUGUUGGGAGACCCGGGGCUGUGGGAGGGGCCACAGCAGGCACGCUGGGCCCUGGCCCCGAGACGCGGGGUCACAGCCGCUGGUGGCUCGCGGCGUGGGCUGGCCCUCUUGUCGGUCACUAGGGUCGUGGCAGGACCAGCUCGGCUUAUCCCCGUCACACUGGCCCUGCCGCACCGCAGGCCUGGCUGCUGGGAAGGGGCUGCUGGGCUCCACCUGCCCCUUGCUCCGCUCCCCUCCCUCCAGGGGCUCGGCGCAGGCUGGGCUCUGCACCCCUCAUCCUCCCCUCUCAGAGACUCCCGUCUGUGGGAACCCAGGAAGGUUUUCUGCGCAGGCAGAGAUGGAGGCGCAUUGACCUCAGGGCCAGGAGAGAAAUCUCCCCAGCUCGGCACCAGAGGCCAGAUGUGUUCACUCCCUUCGCGUGACAAAUAAAAGGUUCAC